UCCUAUACUCUUCUCGCACAUUCAUUGACGUCUGGAAAGUGUCGAUGUCAGCUGAUUGUGCUGAGCGCAGGCGGACCCUGCUCUAUAAAACUGCGCCGAGGCCACCGCGGCCGGGAGCUGGGACUCACAUCCACCGACCGCACCGGCCAUGGCCACUCGCUGGGGCAUCUGCGGCGCCGGCAGAAUCUGCCACGACUUCAUGGUGGCUCUGAAGACCCUGCCGGACACCGACCACCAGGCUGUGGCCGUGGCCUCCCGAGACUCAUCGCGAGCUCGCGACUUCGCAAAGCGGCACCAAAUCCCCAAGUGCUACGGUUCCUACCAGGAGCUGGCGAAUGAUCCCAAUGUGGACAUCGUCUAUGUGGGGACCAUUAACCCCGAGCACCUGAAGGUGGCCCUGCUCAUGCUGCAGGCAGGCAAGAAUGUCCUCUGUGAGAAGCCCAUGGCCAUGAAUCUGAAGGAGGUCCAACAACUCAUUUCUGCAGCCCGGAAAUGCAACCUCUUCCUCAUGGAGGGUCUUUGGACACGGUUCUUCCCGGUCUCCCACAAGAUUCGACGUCUACUGUCUAUCAAUAAUGUUGGGGAGAUUAAAAUGGUGAGAGCAGAGUUUGGCACGUGGAUGCUGGGAACACCACGGCUGGUGGAGAAGGAGUUGGGUGGAGGAGUACUCUUGGACAUUGGCUGCUACUGCCUACAGUUUGUCUGCAUGGUGUUCAAUGGCGAGAAGCCAGACUCUGUCCACGCCACAGGAUUCCUCACAGAGAAAGGUGUUGACGAAACAGUGACCAUCAUAAUAAAGUACUCCAGGAAACGCAUGGCCAUAGUAACUGUAACGAUGGCAUCACAGCUUCCCAACCAGGCAAUCAUCAUUGGUACAAAUGGCACAAUCACGGUACCAGGGCACAUGUGGUGUCCCACAAGCCUUAUGGUCAAUGGAGACAGAGAGGAGUUCCCACUGCCAACUCCAUCUCAGCCCCUCAACUUCACCAACAGUACUGGCCUACGGUACGAGGCUGAGGAAGUACGGCAGUGUCUUAAGAAAGGACUGAAGGAGUGCCCCCAGCUGACACUGGCUGACAGCGAGCUGAUCAUGAGCAUCCUAGACGAGGCUCGGCAGCAGAUCGGGGUUGUCUACUGUCAGGAUACAGCUUGAAGGCAAGAACUCAGCUGUGUAGUCACCAACUGUACUGGGACUGGUGCGCACACAGACACCAUUAAAAACAGUCACACGUCCUUCAUGCAGAUUUUUGUUGCAACACUAGUCUGAAGACCGCGAAUCUCCUGGUAGGCAGCAUUGCUUCAAAGACGUAAAGUUGUAUAAAGAAAUAUCAAGUAUGACCUGAA